GUGUUAAAGAAUAUGGGAACUUUAGUUAGGACCAGCCAAGCAGCAACGAAAAAUGUAUGUGGAUAUAAACCUGCUGGCUACAUUCAAAUACCAGCUCCUAGUAAGCGUCAUAUCAAGGUUCCGGUAGUUAUGUCAUCUGGUUUCGAUCGAGAUCGCACAUCUUCAGGCUUGAUGUUAUCGACAAUGUCUAUCAAACCAAUUUUAGUCACGUCGCGUCGUUUGAGUCAUACAGACAUCACUUUUCCUAAAUAUGACAGUAAAGAACGGUCCAAAGCCACUGUCGAUUCAACUAAGGCGGCUAGAGAGACAGAAGAUUACCGAAGAGCAACAGCUCAAGGACUAUUGUUUGGAGUAUCUGGCGCAGCGUAUCUUUUUAUGGCUACAAAAUUUGUGCAGUCACUGACAACUUUCAAAAGUAUGCCAGCCGAUCAGUUGGCGAUGGCAAACACGGAAAUUGAUCUUACUGAGAUUCCUGAAGGACAGUGCAAAACAUAUACAUGGCGCGGGAAACCUUUAUUUGUGUCCCAUCGUACUCAGGAAGAUAUCCAAAAAGCAAAAGAUACGAAGUUAAGUGAACUGCGGGAUCCGCAAACAGAUGAUGCUCGUGUGAAAAAGGAUGAAUGGCUCGUAUUGAUUGGUGUUUGCCCUCACCUCGGAUGUGUUCCAUUAGCAGGAAAAGGUGAUUACGGUGGUUAUUACUGUCCGUGUCAUGGUUCGACGUUUGACACCUCCGGGCGCAUACGAUUUGGACCAGCACCAAAUAAUUUGGAGGUACCCCCGUACCAAAUAACUGAUAGCAACAAAUUGAUUGUUGGAGAUUGA